UUAAAUCUCUGCGACUCUCAUGCGCGAUUUUUCAUUGGAGUCCCAUGGAGAAGCGAUUGGCGAACAUUCGCCACGAAUCAGCUCGUCCAAUCGUUGCGCGAAUUUCGGUACCGGUGGCUUCACACGCGAGAUAGGUACACUGUGGGAUCCCCCGCGUUGGCCGCCAACGCAAAGAGAAGAAAACUACCGAAACCGGCCGCUCAUAUUUCACCGUGAGCUCUUCUUUCGAGAGCAACCCCAAAGUCCCGCAUUCCGCACUUACCUACCUACCAACGCUGAGGUGCUGACCUCCUGCGAGAGGAGCGAAACAGCGGAAACCCGUGACGCUGCGUCUAUACUCCACAGAAGAAGAAGAAGAAAAAGAAGAAGAAGAAGAAGAGGAUGA